CUGUGUGUGUUUCGGGACUUCGGCGGUUUUGUGCCUCCUGUUUUCUUAUAUUUUAUCUGUUUAUCGUUUUUUGGAUUGCGUCUUUCUUCUCGUCCUGGGAAGAUGGUGGUCCGGGAGUGGACUCGAGAGGAGGAUGAGAAGGUCAUCGAGCUGGUGAAGAAGUACGGUCCCAAGAGAUGGACCCUGAUCGCGAAGCACCUGAAGGGCCGCAUCGGGAAGCAGUGCCGGGAGCGAUGGCAUAACCACCUGAACCCGGCCAUCAAGAAGAGUGCCUGGACGGACGAGGAGGACAACAUCAUCUACGAGGCACACAAGCAGUGGGGCAAUCAGUGGGCCAAGAUUGCAAAGCUGUUGCCAGGAAGGACUGACAACGCAAUCAAGAACCACUGGAACUCCACUAUGCGACGGAAGUAUGAAGCGGAGAUGACAGCCGCCGGUCGAAAGAAGCAGCGCGGAGGCCGGCCCUCCUCUGCCCAGACUCCUCCUGUGAUGGCCUCCCCUGUUCCUCAUCCGCAGCAUUACACACACGAAUAUCACCACAGACCAGAUAUGAUGGGACCCCCCAUGAGUCAUGCCCCACCACAUUUGACACAGCAGACACCACCUCCUCCUCCUCCCCAGUCCCACAUCUACACUCCCAAUGGUGGCUAUACCCCAACACCACCCCACCCACACCAAGAAUUCCACCCCCAUAACCACUUUGACAUGCCCCCCGCCAUGCACACGCCAGUUCCCAUCAACAACACAUCCCCGUAUGGCCAGGAGGCAUAUCCACAGAGCUACUGGGAGCAGAAUAGCCCCUACAGCACAAACUACAACAUCCCUCCUCAGCAGCAAUCGUCUGUCCACCAGUCACAGCCAAGCCAUGCCCCUGGCACUAUUCUGGAUAGCAUUGGUGUGCCUGUCUCUACUCAGGUGAGUGACCCAUGCCACCUGCAACAGCCUUCACCACGGGGUACUAAUGUGGGUAUAGUGAGUACGGCUGUUUUGAGUGAGGAGAUUGGGCCCUUGCACCACCAGCUGCCACCGACCCCAGGAACUAUUCUCGAUUGUGAGGGGUCGCCCCUGUCUAGUGAGCAGGUGACCACCUCCACCCCCACGCCACCACCGGGCAUGCCUACUCCACCCCUGAGUCAGUGCAACCAGUACCCGCCACAGCUUCCCCAGCCACCCUCUGUGUCGUCAUCGUCAUCAGAUUCAGUGAGCCCGCCAUUAAAUCAGGGCUUCUUGCUGUCGCCGGACAAGACUAGCAUCUACCAUGACCUUGGCAUCAUUUCUCCUCUGAAGUACUUUGAGGAGUUAGGAUCCCUUUCUCCCCUGAAGCCAGACCGUGGUAUGGAAGUCUUCAGGGCUGAGCUGGACAUGGGUGCCUUUGAAUUGCUUACAUGCAGUCCUGUUAAGAUAAAGCAAGAAGUUAUCCAGGAGCUCUCCACCCCAAAGGCAGUGUCAGCUUGUAGUGUUGCUACAUCCUCUUCCUGCUCCUCAUCAUCUGCUCCAUCUUCAUCCUCAACCUCUACGUCUACUGUGAACUCGUGCCCAAUAUCUUCCAUCAUUUCCUCGGUUCCUCCUCUCUCUACCGCGUCAGCAGUCACUACCAGCUCCACAACAACCCAUAACAUGAGCACCAACAGUGCACACAAUGGCUCUUUCUCCUCCCUGAACUCAUCACGCCUUUCUACUCCUCCCAUUCUGAGACGGGGCAGGAGGAAGCAGCCUUCACCUACCAAGAGGUCCCUUCUGUCUCUGAUGGAGCAAAAUGAGUCUCUGCUCACCACUCCCCAGAAGGUGACACCUGUCAAGAGCAUCCCCUUCAGUCCCUCGCAGUUCCUCAACAGUCCUAACAUCUCCUUUGAUGAUGGCAACCUCACCUCCACCCCAGUCCUGGGAGGCAUUCCUGUCUCACAAUCUACCCCUGUCCAGCCGCCUCCUCCCUCGUCUCAUCCCCACCACACCUCUACACCCAGUGAGUCGGGUGGCCAACCCCGGACGCCAAAGUCUCGAAGGGUCCUCAUUCAGCCUACACCCCAAACUCCAACCCCGCUUAAGAAUGCUUUGCGGGAGAUAGAGAAGAAGAGUGGGCCUCUGAAGCAUCUGCCUCAGACACCAACACACCUGGAAGAUAUAACUGAAAUUAUUCGCAAAGACACUGAGAGAGACCGAAGUAAAUUCGAGACUCCUUCAGUGAAUAGUCAGAGUGCACGUAAUCAGUCUGUUAUCAAUGACAGUGGAUAUGGCACAGUUAAGCGCAAAGCCCCUCCUCCAAGUGGCAAGGAAAAUUCCCCAAGCAAAAAGGCUAGGAAGGCUCUCCCAUAUUCCUGGUCAACACCUGGGGAGAUCCAGGUUCCUGGCUUUUGUGCAGAACCACUUACUCUCAUGCCAGAGACACCUAGUAAAAGCCUGAUAGGUGAUUCGUCAGUGCUGUUUUCACCUCCCUCAAUCAUCCGCGACACACUGCCUGAUGAGAACCAUCCUCUCGCUUCAACUUCUCUUCUUGGCAACAAAUCCCCAAAGAAGGCGAGAGAAGGUGAAUUUGGGUGCGUAAAGAGGAUAUCCUUCGGCGAAGGCCAGACCACCAAGGCCAACCUCUCGAAGUUGGACGUGAGGUGGGAGAUGGUGGCGUGUGGCAAAACCGAAAACCAGCGCCGCCUGACCGAACAGGCACGGCAAUUUGUCACCCAGAACUCCACUCUCAAGCCACGGUCACUCAACUUGUAGGGGUGCUCUUGCCUCUGGGUUACAUGCGGAGGAAAUUCUAAGGAGCAGUGUUGUUGCUUUUUAUCGUUUGGCAUGGGUGUACGGGGCUAUUUUUCUUAAAAUGUUUGUAACCAGCCAUUUAUAUAUAUAUAUACACAUAUCUACAUAUAAUACUUGCCUCUGAACUAGUAUAGAUGUUUUGUUUAUUAAUUCCAAUUUUGUAGUUUGAGAUUGUGAAACAGUUUUACUGUUGCAAGCUUCGUUCCUUCAAUGUUCAUUCUGUUUUUGUUCCUUAAUAACUAUGUUAUUAAUCUUUGGGAUUUGCUAUACAAGGAACAUUAUUGUAUUUUUUAUAACUUUUCCCUUUGACAUAAACUAUAACUUAAUGAUACUCUCCUAAAGAAACUCCUGUGUCCCCAGGGAAGCUAAACUAUGAGUGUGAAUGUUAACCAUAAGAUGCAAAUGAUCUUGGUUGGAUUAACAUGUGAGUUUGGUCUGUCAUGUAGAGUGGUGUGUGGGCAGCCAGUUUUAAUAGCAAGGUUAGUGUAUUGAGAGGGAGGUGCAGUAUAGGUUGAUAUCAGAUACCUUGGACCUUAAAUAUAAAAAAUAUAUUACUGUUUGUACUGGGCAAAAAAAAGGGGGGUUGGUUCAAAUAAUUGAGCUUCAUGUUACCAUUUGGGACAUAUGCUGUGUUGGAUUUCAAACUAAGGUCUAAGAUCUUAUGAAGUUAAUAUCCAGUGCCUCUCUCUGUCCGUAGUUUAUGCUAUUAUAGGAAAACCCAGUUAUUAUCAAACCAAAGUUUUGUUAGCACUAUCAAAGAGUUUGGUAAGGACCUAGCUAGUGGGUUGGGGCAUAUAAUGCCAAACUUGUGCUGGCAAGUAAUAGUUAGGUAUAUCAACUGUACAUGUGCUAUGAUAUUAAGGAAGUAUUGUUUUUAUUCUUGGGGAAUUUACAAACUUCUUUUAAAAGGUGAUAGAUGCUAUGUGGGGGUAUUUUAAUCAUGUAUCAAUGUAAUGAACAAACUAUUAAGCACCUAUAAUCUCAUUAGCUUUGUAUAUAGUUACAGCUUUAUAGGAAGAGCUAUUAUAGAUAUUGAGAUUUUUUGAGAAACUUUCCUUUACGCAAAGAAUGCUCAUUUCGGUUACAGCAGUAAUGAGUGAACAAACAUGUAUUUACUUUGCCUGGCUUUCGAGGAAGCUGACCAUUAUUUCCUUUCAUUAUGUUUAUUUGUUAAAGUCUUAUAAUAAUUUUAUGUGAAAAGUUUUAAGCCUUAUCUAUUUUUUUCUCAAGCUAACUGUUAAAAAUGGCUUUAAUUUCCACCCCUUUGUGUAUAUGAACUACCUUGUGUAGACAUCUGUAGCUUGUGUUAAUAGGAUCUUACAAUGUGCACCAGUUUUGAUUUAAAAUAGAAAAAAAAGGGUCAUGCUGUGCUGGUAACUUUCAUCUCAUUUCUCUGUCUUGGAUGUGCGCAAAGCCACUGCACUCGUACCUGUGAGCGGUGUUCGUCUCUAUCUGAUGGCAGAGAUUUGUCACCUGCAUGUGUUUUAACUGUCAUUUAGUUUAAGUGUUAUAGUGUAUAGUGUUUAUCAUUUUAAACAGUAAAGAUGUAAGGCUUUUUUUUUUUUUUUUUUCUCAUGUGUGUUAUCUGCACUCUCACUUCUGUUUGCAGCAUUUCACAUUCAAUACAUCUGUUCCGGCACAGCUGACCCACCCAUAAAGUGGUAGUGUAGAUUUUACAGCUAAGGAAGGAAAGCAUUGUGUAUGGUUAUUUGCCAAAUGGGUUCUGCUUGUUUUGUGUAAUGAUUUAACAUCCAGUUUGUAUGAAGGAACAGACCAAAGUAAUAUAUUUUUCUUUGUUUUUAUUAAGACUUUUUGGAGGGUAGUUUAGGGGGGCUGCACAAAUGUUAGUGUGCUCCAUUAUUAGUUUCUUGGUGUGGGGGGCAGUGGGAUUUUAUAAUUGUGCAGAUGUUUUUUUCCCUGCAUCUUGAGAACCUCAUGUAGAUAGGCAUUAUUUAUCUGCAUUUGCAAAAUAUACGACUAGGGAGUAUAUGAACAGAAAGGUACUGUGAUACUCCUAGCUCCCUAUCUAUUUUUUGAGGCUAAAACGGGUGUAUUAUUGCGGCCAGAGAAGUUUUCCAAUUAGAGAGGUUUGUUCAAUGUCAUGAUGCAAGAUGGUAAAUAGUUUACUUUCCCCCCCACACAGACACAUGUAUAUAUUUAAAAUACUAAAGUUACCACCAACCUCAUGUAUAAUCAUCUAAAUUUUCAGUAACUAAACAUUGACUAGCAACAUUUUCACAAGGCCAGAAUGAAGCUAAAUUCAUGGCUACAACAACAACAACAACAAAAAAAAAAAGAAUAAAGGAAUUUUGGAAGCUUGAAAGUUACAUCUGUUUGAAACUGGUGUCCAGUUGGAGACGUUUUUAUGGUUUAAUGCUCCUUUAGUCAUUCUAUGCUUCUGGAGUCCGCAAUAAACUUUCUUCUGUCCUAGUCAUCCUGAACUGCAAGCAUUUUUCAUGGAUCAUUUUUCUUGUUAAAUUGCCUGAUUGCACUUGGGUUUAUGAUAAGCAAAUGACAAUUACUAUCACUUUUUUUUAACUUUUGUUUUACCAAAACAUUACAUAGUGCAGAAUUUCAGGCCAUAUCUUCCUGUUUGUUGCUAAGGGCAUAUAGUUGUACCAAAUAUUGAGCUUUUCCCAAGUUAGUGACACUAACAGUGUAUUAUAUAUUCAGUUUAGGAGUUACAGCAUAUAUUAAUUAUGCAUUAACUUUGUUUAUGUUGGAGAUUAAUCUGGAACUCUUUACUGUAGUAUGGUCAAGGGGACUUUGUACAAACUAAUAAUACAUUUAUUAUAUUUCCAAAAGUUCUGUGCUUGUUAUAUCUAUAGUAAUUUCCCAUGUGGCGCAGAUUAUAGGCAGCUCUAUUUUAGGGAACCCAUUGGCUGAAACUUUAAUUGAAUAAAUAUUUAUUUCCAUAACUUGCUGCUACAACCAUUUGAUCUAGAUUGAAAUGUGAAUAAAUUAAGUCACCAUAUUUUGUCUUUUCUUUCAAUACCUUUAUUGUUUUAUUGUCAAAACAAGAAAUACAAUCGUAUAUACGCUAUUUCCCUUGGUUUAUAUUUCAAUGUAAAGGCAUACUGCAUUUUCCAAUGCAUUUUCUCAAAAAAAAAAAAAAAAAAAAAAAAAAAAAAAAAAAU